GUUAUCCUCCUCUCCUUCGUGUUGGCAGUAGGUUUCCUGCUUGUCAUCCUAUCCUGCGCGCUCUGGGCGAACUGGCUUCCCCUUCUUGUUGCCUUGACAUUCGUCCUCGCUCCCUUGCCCAACGCCGUGUUCGCUCGCUGUGGAGGAGACGAUUUCUCCACCGAGUAUGAUGGCUCAGGUCCCGUGGAUCUCGGUCGCUUCAUCACUGCGUCGGUCGUCGUAACUGGGUUUGCGCUCCCCCUCGUUCUUGCACACUCCGAGGUCAUCGCCAAAGGAGCGUGCGCGAUGUCGAUUGCUGGUGGAGCACUCGUGUACGGCACAAUCAUGGCGUAUAGUCAGACAUUCAAGGAGGACAGUUCGGACUUUGAGUGA